GAGCGGGGACCCGCCGGAGCCGAGCUGGGCCGGGCCGGGGCCGGCCGGACGGGGCCGAGAUGCCCUACAAGCUGAAGAAAGAGAAGGAGCCCCCCAAGCUUCCCAAAGGCACAGCCAAACCCAGCAGUUCUGGCAAGGAUGGUGGAAGCGAGAGCACCGAGGAGGCCCAGCCCCUGCCCCAGCCACAACCGCAGCCUCCGUCUCAGACACCAUCAUCCAACAAGCGUCCCAGCAACAGCACGCCACCGCCCACGCAGCUCAGCAAAAUCAAGUACUCCGGGGGACCCCAGAUCGUCAAGAAGGAACGCAGGCAAAGCUCCUCCCGCUUCAACCUCAGCAAGAACCGAGAGUUGCAGAAGCUUCCGGCCCUGAAAGACUCGCCCACCCAGGAGCGCGAGGAGCUGUUCAUCCAGAAGCUGCGCCAGUGCUGCGUCCUCUUCGACUUCGUGUCGGACCCCCUCAGUGACCUCAAGUUCAAGGAGGUGAAGCGGGCGGGGCUCAACGAGAUGGUGGAGUACAUCACCCACAGCCGUGAUGUAGUCACCGACGCCAUCUACCCGGAGGCUGUCACCAUGUUCUCCGUCAACCUCUUCCGGACGCUGCCUCCUUCCUCCAACCCCACGGGGGCCGAGUUUGACCCAGAGGAGGAUGAGCCCACGCUGGAAGCCGCCUGGCCCCAUCUCCAGCUCGUGUAUGAGUUUUUCUUGCGUUUCCUUGAGUCUCCUGAUUUCCAGCCAAAUAUAGCCAAGAAGUACAUUGACCAGAAGUUCGUCCUUGCUCUCCUCGACCUGUUCGAUAGUGAGGACCCUCGCGAGCGGGACUUCCUCAAGACCAUCCUGCAUCGCAUCUAUGGCAAGUUCCUGGGGCUCCGGGCUUAUAUCCGUAGGCAGAUCAACCACAUCUUCUACAGGUUUAUCUACGAGACAGAACAUCAUAACGGGAUUGCUGAGCUCCUGGAGAUCCUGGGCAGCAUCAUCAACGGCUUUGCCCUGCCCCUUAAGGAAGAGCAUAAGAUGUUCCUCAUCCGGGUCCUGCUGCCCCUUCACAAGGUCAAGUCCCUGAGUGUCUACCACCCUCAGCUGGCCUACUGCGUGGUCCAGUUUCUAGAGAAGGAGAGCAGCCUGACUGAGCCGGUGAUUGUGGGACUCCUCAAGUUCUGGCCCAAGACGCACAGCCCCAAAGAAGUGAUGUUCCUGAAUGAGCUGGAGGAGAUUCUGGAUGUCAUCGAGCCUUCCGAGUUCAGCAAAGUGAUGGAGCCGCUCUUCCGCCAGCUGGCCAAGUGUGUCUCCAGCCCCCACUUCCAGGUGGCAGAGCGUGCCCUCUAUUACUGGAACAAUGAGUACAUCAUGAGCCUGAUCAGCGACAACGCCGCCCGAGUCCUUCCCAUCAUGUUCCCUGCGCUCUACAGGAACUCCAAGAGCCACUGGAACAAGACAAUCCAUGGACUGAUCUACAAUGCCCUAAAGCUGUUUAUGGAGAUGAAUCAGAAGCUGUUCGAUGACUGUACCCAACAGUAUAAGGCCGAGAAGCAGAAGGGCCGAUUCCGCAUGAAGGAAAAGGAAGAGAUGUGGCAAAAGAUUGAGGAGCUGGCCCGAAUGAAUCCCCAGUACCCCAUGUUCCGAUCCCCUCCACCACUGCCUCCUGUGUACUCCAUGGAGACAGAGACCCCCACGGCAGAGGAUAUCCAGCUUCUCAAGAGGACAGUGGAGACCGAGGCUGUGCAGAUGCUGAAGGACAUCAAGAAGGAGAAGGUGCUGCUGCGGCGGAAGUCAGAGCUGCCCCAGGAUGUGUACACCAUCAAGGCGCUGGAGGCACAUAAGCGGGCGGAAGAGUUCCUGACUGCCAGCCAGGAGGCGCUCUGACCCCCUCACCGCCCGAGCCUCCCCCCUCCGCUCCCCACUGGCUGGCUCGGGGCAGGGCUGUGCCUCUCUCGCUACUUUGUGGGGGUGCGACACUUGAAGCUGGGACACCCUCCAGUGCAGUCCCACUUCUCCCUCAGUGUGUUCUUGCCUCCCUGUGGCUAGUAGCGACAGGCCGAGCACUGUCACGCUCGGUGCUCAACCACCUGGGGAUGCCCGGCCCCCACUCGCUCCGAACCCACAGCUGCCCGCGGCUGCUCCGAGAAAUCCACAUUGGCCACAAGCGCUCCUCCUCGGGCCUCCCCACCCUCACCAACUCCGGCGAGGGGGGCUCCUCCUCUCCCCGGAGGGGUAUCCAGGGAGCAGCAGCAGAUGAUUCUCACCAAAGUUAUGUAAUAAGCCCCCCAGUGGCCUCCUGGAGUGGCUAGAGGGGGGGAGCCAACCCCCAACAGCACAAAUAGGCCCCCCAAGUCCCAGAAGCCCAGACUGGCAGGGGUCAUCCUAUUUUCCUCUGGUCUCCCCUGCUUGACUGAGUCAAGGAGGGAGGUCCACAGGAGAAAAAUGAAUUAUGGACAGUAGGUGAUGGCCACAGGACCCAGAUGUCCUCAAGAGAAGGGGAGGAUCAGAAUACUCCUCCAGUGACCCCCUCUGGUGAGCAGCAGCCCUGGAAGGGACCACACGGGGUGUCAAUUGCUUGCUUGUGCUGUUGGUUCCCAGGAGGAGGAGGGAAGCAGGGCGCAGUGCCCGAGCACGGCUCCCAACGGCACCUGUUUAUUCUGUGUGACACUGGGCAGGCCCCGAUCGGUCCCUUUCAGACACCACAGAGCAGGGUGGCGAGGGGCACAGGCAGUGCAGCUUCUGGCUGUGUACAUAGGGUGCUUUAUUCUCCAUGGGUUGAUACAUGCUAAGUGGGCUGGGCUGUCCCCAUAUGUACAGAACUGAAUAAAGUGGGUCUCUAAGAA